UGAUAUUACCCAAACUUUUUCUUUGAUUGAAACUAAUUAACCACAAUUAUUAUCAUCAUUAUGUAUGCUUUUUUUUUUCCUUCAAUUCCAUUUGCUUUGAAUUUAAGCCUAAGCCAAUUUCAUAUGUGCCUUUUGCAUUACCAUACCAUGCAAGCUAAAGUAGGUGUCACAUUGAUAUUAUAUCUAUUAUUAUCAUUUCAACUAUAUAAUAUAAUAUAUAAACAAAACUAUAUAUAGUUUCUAUUACCUCUUCCUUUCACCUUACAUCCCCCCUUUGGACAUCAAAUAAUAUACAUCUCUUUUCUGCAUUAUUUCACAUUCUUUUGUCCUAUUAAUAAUCUAUACCACAAAUAAUGGAUGCAUCAAAAGCUCUUGUGUUCUUAGCUUUGUUUAUCGCAGCUACAACAAUUCCCCGUUCCUGCGCAUCUGACCCCGACUUGCUUCAGGACUUAUGUGUUGCUGAAACUUCCAAAGGAACAAAAGUGAAUGGAUUCCCAUGCAAGGCCGCUACCAACGUAACAACCUCCGACUUCUUCUUCGCCGGAUUAGCAAACCCUGCCGCCAUCAACAACUCCGUCGGAUCUGCCGUCACCCCCGCUAAUGUCGACAAAAUCCCCGGCCUCAACACCCUCGGUGUCUCCCUCGCUCGAAUCGACUACUCACCCAACGGUGGCCUGAAUCCACCGCACAUCCACCCACGCGCCACCGAGAUCGUCUUCAUCCUCGAUGGAGAACUGGACGUUGGAUUCAUAACCACUGCCAACAAACUGAUUUCCAAAACCAUAAAAAAAGGCGAAGUCUUUGUCUUCCCCAAGGGCCUACUCCAUUUCCAGCAGAACAAGAAGGAUAAGCCUGCUUCUGUUCUUUCUGCCUUCAACAGCCAGCUACCGGGAACUGUGUCGGUUGCCGCCGCCUUGUUUUCAUCCUCCCCUGCGGUCGAUGACGGCCUCCUUGCUAAGACUUUCCAGAUUGGGACGGAUGAGGUGGGAGAGAUUAAGUCUAAGAUUGCUCCUAAGAAGAAGUGAUCACGGUUUAUAUAAAUGUAGGUAUAUAUGGUCAAUGAGGAAUAAAUUUUUAUUAAAGAGAUAUUAAGAAUAAUUUUGUUUGGUUUCUACCGACUUAGUUUGACAUUUUGGUGGAAAGUUCAUAUUUUUAAUUAAGACAGUUGGUUGUAUUAUUUGGGGAAAGCAUAUUGUAUAAAUAAGAUA